CAGUGUCCCAGCGCCAAGCCGGGAGCCGGGAGCCGCCGCCCGGCCGGGAGCCGCGACCUGCCAGCGCCGCCGCCUCCGCCCGGGACCCCCCGCCGCGGCCGCCGGCGCCAGGAUUCCCAUCUAUCGCCGUGUGCAGGAGUGUUGGCAACGGCCAGACCAGGCGUCCUGGCCACCGGGGCAUUUAUCCAGUUCCUUCAUUUUGUUUCCUGACAAAUGUAAACAAAAGGGGAAGCCUUGAAUAUAGAAGCCCCCCCCCCCGAAGUUCAACAUUGCUUCCAGUGCAGCAGAGACUUGAACUGAAGCUGCUUAAGCCAAGCAGCUCCUUUUUUCACAUAUGAAAAAAUGAUUCCUGUAACUGAAUUUCGUCAGUUUUCUGAGCAGCAGCCAGCAUUCAGGGUCCUGAAGCCAUGGUGGGAUGUGUUUACAGACUAUCUCUCGGUAGCCAUGCUGAUGAUUGGUGUGUUCGGAUGUACGUUACAGGUCAUGCAAGACAAGAUAAUAUGCCUUCCAAAGAGAGUACAGCCUUGGCAGAAUGACUCUUACAGUCCUAAUGUAUCCACUACAGUCCCCAAUACAACCCUAUUUCCUCCACCUAAACCAUCCACUCCUCCUGCCACUGUUGAAAUGAAGGGACUUAAGACAGACUUAGACCUUCAGCAAUAUAGCUUUAUAAACCAAAUGUGCUAUGAACGUGCCCUGCAUUGGUAUGCAAAGUAUUUCCCUUACCUUGUCCUUAUACAUACUCUGGUGUUCAUGCUGUGUAGUAACUUCUGGUUCAAAUUCCCUGGAUCAAGCUCAAAAAUUGAACACUUCAUUUCAAUACUGGGGAAAUGUUUUGACUCUCCCUGGACAACAAGGGCCUUAUCUGAAGUGUCUGGAGAAGACUCUGAAGAAAAAGAUAACAGGAAGAACAAUAUAAGCAGGUCAAAUACUAUCCAACCUAGCACGGAAGGCACUUUGGUCAAAACUCAGUCCUUGAAAUCAAUACCGGAAAAGUUAGUUGUGGAUAAGGGGACAGUAGGGGCUCUGGAUAAAAAAGAAGGAGAACAAGCAAAAGCAUUGUUUGAAAAGGUGAAGAAAUUUCGACUGCAUGUUGAGGAAAGUGAUCUGCUCUAUGCUAUGUAUGUUCGCCAGACUGUACUUAAAGUUAUUAAAUUUCUUAUCAUUAUUGCUUACAACAGUGCAUUGGUUUCAGAAGUUCAGUUUACAGUAGACUGUAAUGUUGACAUACAGGACAUGACAGGCUAUAAGAAUUUUUCCUGUAAUCAUACUAUGGCACAUCUUUUCUCCAAACUUUCCUUCUGCUACCUGUGCUUCGUAAGCAUCUAUGGACUAACGUGCCUUUACACUUUAUAUUGGCUCUUCUAUCGUUCAUUGAAGGAAUAUUCCUUUGAAUAUGUUCGCCAGGAGACUGGGAUUGAUGAUAUCCCAGAUGUUAAAAAUGACUUUGCUUUUAUGCUUCACAUGAUAGAUCAGUAUGACCCUCUUUAUUCAAAGAGAUUUGCUGUGUUCCUGUCUGAAGUCAGCGAAAACAAACUGAAACAGCUGAACUUAAACAAUGAGUGGACGGCAGAUAAAUUGAGGCAGAGGCUACAAACAAAUGUCCAUAACCAUUUGGAACUGCAGCUUUUUAUGCUCUCAGGACUUCCAGACACAGUUUUUGAAAUUACAGAGCUUCAGUCUCUAAAGCUUGAAAUCAUUAAUAAUGUUAUGAUACCAGCGACUAUUGCGCAGCUGGACAAUCUCCAAGAGCUCUCCUUACACCAGUGUUCUGUGAAGAUCCACAGUGCUGCACUGGCAUUUCUGAAGGAGAAUCUCAAGAUCUUGAGUGUCAAGUUUGAUGACAUCAGAGAGCUUCCGCCUUGGAUGUAUGGACUCCGAAAUUUGGAAGAGCUCUACUUAAUUGGCUCUCUGAGUCAUGAUAUUUCCAAAAACAUUACUCUUGAGUCUUUUCGGGACCUUAAAAGCCUUAAAAUUCUUUACAUUAAAAGCAAUGUGUCCAAAAUCCCACAAUCUGCAGUUGAUGUUUCAAGUCACCUUCAAAAACUGUGCAUCUAUAAUGAUGGCACCAAGUUAGUGAUGUUCAAUAACCUGAAGAAAAUGGUUAACUUGACUGAGUUAGAGUUGGUUCAUUGUGAUUUGGAGCGCAUACCUCAUGCUGUUUUUAGCCUUCUCAGUUUGCAGGAGUUAGAUUUAAAGGAAAACAACCUCAAAUCAAUUGAAGAAAUAGUCAGUUUUCAACAUCUGAGAAAACUUACAAUCUUAAAGCUGUGGUAUAACAGUAUAACCUAUAUCCCAGAGCAUAUAAAGAAGCUCACUAGCCUGGAACGUCUUUUCUUUAGUCAUAACAAAAUAGAGGUUCUUCCAUCCCACCUAUUCCUAUGCAACAAAAUUAGAUACUUAGAUUUGUCUUACAAUGACAUUCGAUUUAUUCCACCAGAAAUAGGAGUGCUGCAAAGUUUACAGUAUUUUUCCAUCACUUGUAACAAAGUGGAGAGUGUGCCAGAUGAACUGUACUUUUGCAAAAAACUCAAGACUCUGAAGAUUGGGAAAAAUAACUUGUCAGUCCUUUCACCUAAAAUUGGUAAUUUAGUAUUCCUCUCCUACUUGGAUAUUAAAGGCAAUCACUUUGAAAUUCUCCCACCUGAACUUGGUGAAUGUAGGGCUUUGAAGCGAAUUGGCUUGAUUGUAGAGGACACCUUGUUUGAAACUUUGCCUUCUGAUGUCAGGGAGCAAAUGAAAGCUGAAUAAUUUACUGGCUUUUCCUCAAAGUUACAGAAACGUGCUUCUACCAAAUACAGUAACUAAAUGAUGGCCUAGUUUGAUCAUGCAUUUACUUUUGUGUUUAUUUUAUUUUUUCCUUUUGUCCUUUUGACAAAAUUAUCUGUACAAACAAAUAUGGAGUAAGAAGUAUGUAUAUUUUUUAAUAAAAUGUUCUUGUAUUUUUUCACUGUUUUAAAAUAUUUUUAAGUUUGUCUUGCCCUGAUGACAAGGGCAAUACUGUAAUAUUGUUUUGUACUGGCUAAAGCAAAUGGUUUUAUCAGCUGUUUUUUAAUUUUGGCUAGAAUCAAUUGGGGCAGGGGAUACUGCAAGCUGCAUGCCUUGGGUUGUAUACGUGUUAAUAGAUGAACAUAAUGUCUCCUUCAUCACUGUCAAUCUCUGAAGAGGUUCUCUUUAGGGGGCUGAUUGCAUAUGGUGUGCACCCUCAAUCCUUAGUGGGAGCUCAAUAAGUCUAUUUAAAAAAUCUCCAUCCAGAUGUGUAUAUUCUGCAAAGAUUAAUAUAUACAUACUGUUCUACCAUGGUCAUAAAGCUCCAUGCAUCCAUUCCCCAACCAAGGUCCAGUUCUACAAGAUAAGUGCUCCUGACUCCUACUAAGUUCAUUUUCCCCAAGGGUACUUUCAAUCUUGUAGGACUGGAAUUCUAGAGAACUGCAAGUCUGUGAAACUUUGGACAAGAGAACAAAAUUGUAUUUUGGCAGCUAAUAUGUACAGUACUUGAGCUUGGUUGCAUGUUACCAGGCCUGGUAGAGGAACAUUUACAUAUUUCCAGAAACCAAAUUAAAUUAAAAAAAAAAAAUCAAAUAUUACCAUUUCAGAAGUCUCAAUAUAGCAGGGCAUAGUGAUGACAGUGAGUUUGUUUUAAUCUUCUACCUAAUAAUUAGAUUGGAAAUUAUAUGAUUGGAAGUCUGUUUGUUUAAAAUAAUGUAAUGAACCAUAAUACACUUACAUGACUGUGCAUCAAGUUGGAAAUUAUAUCAGCUAAUCUAUGUUAAAUUAUUUUGUUGACUACUCCUGUCAUUUCCUUUCUUCUAAGGAAGCUUGGCAGGUAUUACCCAUUUUAAUGCUGUGUGCUACUCAAAAGCUAAUUUAUGCUUAAUUAAUAAAAAUAAUCAUUUUUAUAAUAAACUAUUCCCUGGAGGUCUCCUCAUCCACUGUACAGUGUAUUUAAAUCAUAAUGCAGGCACCAGUUAAUUGCCUGGUGUGGAUAGCUAGAAAUAAGCCCUUCCUUAUGCAGGUGGUAAUGCUAUUUAUAAAAUUGCAGGGUCUUGGUUGCUAAUUGUUAAAAGGUACAUGAAACAGUAGCUAGGUGAUUGUCAGGGUGAUUGCUUUUAGAUUUUUCAUUGCUGCCAGCAUUGGUUUUCUGUCUUGAACUGCCACUAAUCUAAGUUUGGGGUCUUGGUGCAAAAGCAUGUUGUUGCUUUAUGUGUCUGACAAAAUGGGAUGGUGAGAUGGGAUAAAUAUGAUUUUUCUCAUGAAUCCAGAGUGUACUAUGUAGUCCAGUUAGUGGACUCACUGUAGUGCUAAAGUCAGACUUAACUUCUGCUUCUUGGGAAUAUUCUGGAGAAGAUCCAUGAUCCAUAAGAUUAAUUGGAGAUGGGUCAGGCAUGAAGGAAUCAAAACAAGCUUCUUUAAAGGGGUUUAUUUUUUGUUCAGUAUUCUAAUACUGAAAAGCUCAUACUCAUAUAUGGAAUGCACUUAUAGGAACUGCUUGGCAGUAUAUGUAUGCUAAAUGUGCUUCAGUUUGAUGUAAUGUGGGGGAGAGAAAUGUUUCAUUGCUCAUUUUAACUUAAUUAUGUAAACCAAGUGCUGUAUUUCCUGAUGAAUGUAAACUGUAUAAAAUGUCCAAGUAAUCAGUGAAAUCUGUAUAGUAAAAUCUUACUUAGAUUUGAAAUUGGGGAUUAUAUUUAGGGUUUUGGGGGGGAAAAUCUUUAAAAUGUCUAUGAUUCUAGACGCAGUGUUUCAAAAACAUAACUUAUUAUGUGUCUUAUGUUGUUUCCCUUGAAUUUUGUGACAUGUUUUCUGAAUUGAAAUUGUGCACCCUCUCAGCUAAAUCUAAGGUGAGGUCUGCACUGUUCUUUUGCUGAUAUAACAUGUCAAUUAAGGGCAUGAUUUUUUUAACUGAUUAUAGUUAGUGCAAACCUUGUAUGGACCCAGUUGUGCGGGUAUAGAAGCACCUAAUACUGGUGUAGCUUGUUCCUAUUCCAGCACAGGAAUGAGGUAUUUUGGCAUUGGGCAAUUUAUACAGCUAUAACUGUAUCCACACUAAGAGAGUUGUACUGUUUUAACUAUACUGGUAUCGUUAAGUGGCACAAUUUUUGUGUAAGGUAAGUCCUUAGGGUCACAGUGAAUGAUAAAAUAUCAAAUUAUUGUUAUGAAACAAACUCAGGUAAAUGCACUGUUGACUUUUUCUAUACUUAAUAGCUAGUCUGUGGAGUGUGUUUUUAAAACUGUAUUACAGUAUUCUAGUAGUGCUCUAUCUAAGAACAGAUUGUUUCCUAGUACUAUUUGAAAUCCAGGAAAGAUUGCAUAUGUAAAAGUGCCAUAUUUACUCAGUGAUUCAUUUACUCCUCAUAUGUAUAUUUACCUGCAACUACACUAGAAAAACUUUCUGUGAACUAUAAUAGAAUGAAUUGACUUUUUUGAUAAUAUUAUAGGCAUGGGCAUAUGUAAUUAUUUAUAUUAAACAGGUGCCUAACAACUAAUAAAAUCCCAGCAUUUAAGCAAAACAUUUCUAUAUCAUUAAACAAACAAAAAAGAAAAUCAUUCUUUGUAAUGGAAACAGAUGACCAAUUAUGGGUCAAAUAUAAGAAAACUGCCUUGAAAAUUGUACUGCUCCUGAAAAACAGAUAUGCUAUAUGAUCAGAAUCUUAAUAUGUUUGUAUCUCCCUUUGUGGCAACAAAUAUUAAUAUUUGUAUUGAACUGUUGUAUCUAGCCAGUCUGGCUAACUCAUGCAUAUUCAUAUGGGAGAGUAUGUAUUUUGUCUCGGAUGACACAUUUCUGGCAUUUCCAUUAAUGCACAUGGCGAUGUGAUGACAAGAUCUGAAAGACUGUAAAAAAAAAAAAAAAAAAAGCUUUGAAAUUAAGUCAAAUGGACAAGCAUAUUAAUCCAAUAGCAAGAAAUUUGAUAUAAUAUACUUGCCUGGUGUUAUUGCAGUACAGAACACACAGGAAAAAAAUAAAUUCUUUUGUAAAUUGAAACACUGAAAGACUACAAAGUAAUCAUUUGUUUGGGAAACAUUUUUCUUUUUUUAAUUAUAACCAUUGCUUUGAUGUAAGCAUUUUGGGGACAGUGGAAGAAGUAGGCUUUGAAAUAUGUCAACAGACUGUAAGGACUCCCAGUCUGAUCUCUCUAACAGACAAUAGAAAUGUUUCCAGUAAUUCCUGCAGCCAGCCCAGUAAUCUGUAUCAGGGUAUAUAUAGUGGCCUUUUUCAUUAGUCAUAUUUCUAUAUCCUGUUUUCUUGUGUUCUGACUGAAUUCUAGGCAGCACACAAUUGCCCUUCUUCUCCCCCCCACCCCAUUUCAGUCAGUUUACAUAUUCAUCAUGUGUUGCAAGUUUGUUCAUAAAAGGUUUCUAUGGGUCGUUCUGGGGUUGCAACAUUCCAACCCUUUGUAGCUUAAUUUCAAUAAGGCUCUCAUACCCGAUUCAUUGUGUGUGUGUAUGUAGAUAAAACAUACUUCCAGUGUAUACAUUUUCUUAUACAUUUCUCAUACAUUUUCUUGUAUGAGCUGAAAUCAGGAUUGAAUCAGGAUUCACAGUGACCUAGACAAAUUGGAGGUUUGGGCCCAAAGGAAUCCCAUGAGGUUCAAUAAAGACAAGUGCAGAUUCCUGCACCUAGGAUGCAAGAAUCCCAUGCACCGCUAAAGUCUGGGAACUGACUGACUAAGCAGCACUGUGCAGAAAAGGAUCUGUGUGUUGCAGUGGGCAAUAAGAUGGAUAUGAGUCAGCACUGUGUCUUGGUUGCCAAGAAGGCUAACAGCAUACUGGCCUGCUUCAAUAGAAGCAUUGCCAGCAGACUGAGGGAAGUAAUUAUUCCUCUCUAUUCUCCACUGGUGAGAUCACAUCUGGAGUACAGUUUUGCCCCUCCCCUCACUAUAGAAAGGAUGCAGACCAUGAACAACACGUGCCCCUGGAGGCUGGGGGCACAGUGCCUGUCCACAGGCGGCAGCAGCAGGGGCAUGGUGGUGGCAAACAGGGAGCUCUCGCAGGCGGCCGCAGCGGUGUCAGCAGUGGGCGGGGGAGGGUGGUAAGCACCCACCAGUGGUUGGUGACCACCCGCAGAUGCUGCUGGCUGUGUCGGCAGCGGCCAGAAGCAAGCAGUGACCAGCCAAAGAUGCCACCAGUGGUGUCGGCGGGGAGGGAGGGGAGGGUGACAAGUGCCAACCAGAUGUCAGUGACCACCUACAGAUGCCACUGGCUGUGUUGCCAGUGGCAAUUGGCGACAGCCCACAGAUGCCGCUGGUGGUGUUGGCAGCGAAGGGGGGGGAGGGGGGGGCAUGGCGAGCGGUGACUACCUGCAAGUGCUGCUGGCAGCCUCAGCAGCACUUCUUACAGGGGGUGCACCUCCAAUCUCAGGGGAUGCACGUGCCCCUGCAUGCACCCUCUACGUGUCACCAAUGAUGUGGACAACUUGGAGAAAGUCCAGCAGAGAGCAAUGAAAAUGGUUCAGGGGCUGGUGCACAUGACAUAUGAGGAUAGGUUGAGGGAACUGGGUUUAUUUAGUGUGCAGAAGAGAAUAUACAAGGGAUUUGAUAGCAGCCUUUAACUACCUGAAGGGUGGUUCCAAAGAGUUUGGAGCUAAACCGUUCUCAGUGCUGAUAGAUGACAGAACAGGAAGCAAUGGUCUGAAGUUGCAGCAUGGGAGGUUUAGAUUGGAUAUUAGGAAAAACUUUCUCACCAGGAGGGUGGUGAAGCACUGGAACAGGUUACCUAAAGAGGUGGUGGAAUCUCCAUCCUGGAGGUUUUUAAGGCCCAGCUCAACAAAGCCCUUGCUGGGAUGAUCUAGUUGGGGAUGUUCCUGCUUUGAGCAGAGGGUUGGACUAGAUGACCUUCUGAGGUCCCUUCCAACCCUAAUUUGCUAUGAUUCCAUGACUGUAUAUGGGCAUGUCUACAUGUGCAUAUAAGCAUGACUAAAUGCGCCUUGAGUGAUAUUUGGCAAGUGUCUACAUGUGCAGGGACUUGGCACUAAAGUUAGUUUCAAGUCCCUGCAGCCCUGCCAUGUGCCCCUAGUGGCUGGGCAGACCCAGCACUAAAGUUAGUGCCAAGUCACAUCUACAUGUACAUUAAUGAAUGCACUUUAACUAAUUGUGCCUAAAUUUGAUACCUGCUUUUGCAGGUAUCAAACUUAGGCACAAUUAGCUUAAUUUGCAGGCAUCAAAUUUAGGUGCGAUUAGCCUAAUUUCACCAUUUUUAAUGUGCAUUAAGGACCGCAUUAAAUUAGGCUAAUGUGCAUCAACAUGUCUCGUGUAGACAUGCCCAAUAUGUAUAUAUUUGUAUAUGUAUAUAUAAUAUACACACACACAAGAAAAUGUACAAGCUGAAAGUGCCUAGUAUUGCAACAUACAUACAUACAUGCAAUGUUGCUGUUCUAGGCAAUUUCAGCUUGUUCAUUUUCUUGGGUUCCAUUGGUUAAAGGUGAAGUAAAUUUCAGUGCUUUGAACUACAUCAUCCAACACAUGUUCUCCAGGUGCUGAACUCUCACUCUCCCCAAAGAAACAAGGCAUAUUCAUCUUUCAUGGGGAUCCCUAAGAGAAUUGGGGACCUGUGCAUUGGGACAGCACAAGCCUAGGGCAGGAGGAUGGCUGUGCUGCUGGGAACAUGCUGCUACUGGAGGAAGAGGAUUUGUAUAGGAAGGGGGCAGGAUUGAGCUUGCAGACAAUCCUUGCUGCAGUGAAUUUGGGGUGCACUUCCCUGGAAAGAUGCAUGGGUUUGGGAAAACUUUUCUCUUUGCUUCCUGGCCCUCCAGGAUCCUCACACAUAAUGGAAAAUUUGUAGGGAACUUAGUGGUGGAAAAAUCUCAGUGCUUCCCCUGCCUUUCUGGCCUUUUCAUAGUUUUCUCAAUGGAAGAGGUGAAUAAACCCUUAAUUCCUGGAAGCUGAGCAGAUGAAAGUCCCUGUGCUUCCUUCUAUAACAUCUCUUAACUACUAGGUAAGAAUCUGUAGCUUCUCCUUGCUUGGACAUGUUUCAGGAGUGUAAGUGGGUGAUAAUGGGUAUUUGGGAGAGCUGCAAGUGUCCUAUCCCGCCUUACCCCCUCUCUGUCUCUGUGGUGAGACAGUCAGUACCCAAGUUUGGGGAGCUGCUGUAGUGAUUGACUUGGAAUCAGAUUAGGCCUUUCCUCUUUCAUGGUAUGUGAGGGGAAAGAGGUCUGAGCAGCCUCUUUCCCUUUGCAGCAACCUCUGUACUAUCCAAAGCUCAGGGGCUGCUCUCAUUUUUCACCAGCUGGGCACAACAAUGAUCCUGGAGUCAAUGUUAUUUGAACACUGUGCUCAACAUGGGGCUGCGAACAGAAGCACAGGUGAAGUGUUCAUGGGUGACCCAGGGCAAUGGGACUGUCCUGCUUAUCCUGUGAGUCGCAUUUAGAACCCAUGUUUGUAGGCGGCAUGAUACAUGUGAGACCAUCCAUAUUGCUUGCAGCCAGAGGAAAUUAAAGAAUUACACUGAGGUUGAUUGGAGAGGGUGAUGCUGGCUUUUGUGUAUGACUUGUGCAACAUUACUGCCUGUGGGUCAGUGAAGGUUGGAUACUAUUUGGUUAAAGAGAUGGCAUCCUAUUCCAUAAUCAUACCAUUUGCAACAAAAGUUAGCUGGACUCUGAUAAACUCUCCUUUGCUUUGUUUCUCAGAAGACUCAUUUUUUGGGAAGUAGGAUUACAUCAGACACUUCAGCGCUCUCAGUCACACCAAGAUACACGGGGCUUAAAGAGAAACCCCAGUAUCAUACCAUCCAGGGGAAUGCAAAUAGUGUGUCUGAACAAAGCAAAUGAGUCAUCACUCGUUAGGUUAAAAAAAUUGUAACCAAUUUGCACAUAACCUCAAAUUCAAGCUAAAUAACUAAUUAAAAAUUCCAGUAAUUCUUGAUUGCACUUUUAUCUGCUUUAAAGGUGGGUUUAUGAGCUUUUUGCAUUUUGUGAUGCAUGAAAAAGACCUGAAAGAUUUAGGUAAAUGUAUAGUCAGGCAUUGUUUUCCUUCCGGAAUUUUUUUAACUUUAGAAAUAACUGAAGCAGGGGUAGGCAACGUUUGUUGAAUGGAGUGCUGAAAAACCACAAUGUCUACCUUGGAAUGUGCUGGAGUGUCAGAAAAAACAAAAUGAGGGCAGGGGGUACGUGGCAGGACACACUGCAUAUUAGUAUAGUUAAUAAUCAUCAAUGUUGCCUUUUUUUUUUUUUACAGUAAAUGGCAGAUUUUCUAAAUAUUCUAAACCUGGUGACAAUAAAUAAAACUUCUUAUACUA